GGGUUGGACAACGCAAGCCGAGAGACACGGCCGCCAGACAGAAAGUAGAACGGUACGGGUGAGUUUGGUUUCGCGUCGUUUCAGGCAAAAUUUUCAGAAAUUUUGCUGGUGACCCUGAAGGUCCUGUGAUUCGCGCGGGUGUGACACGGCUUCGAUUGGAUCGAAGGUUCCGAAACGGUGCGGUGGUGGAUAGCAAAGUAGCUAGUUGCUCGUUCGCAGGAACGGUCGUAGAAAAGUUGGAAUCUGCUUCACGCGAGUGAGAGUGCGGAUUUUUCUUCUUUGUGGAGUGCAAAAUUGGUGCCAGAUCGCAGCAACCUGUGCAGAAUUUUGGGGAUUAUUUAGACCCGAAAAUAGCAGCAAAAUGCUGGCGAGACAAGUUAUAGCGAGUGGUGCCUCGUCCGCACUGAAAACGAUCUCGGCCGCCACUGCGUCACCAAAGCGGGCCCUAACGAAAGCCGCUGUCACUGCCACCGUCCAGCACCAGCAAACCCGGGACUACCAUGAAGUUACCGGCGACAUCAUCAGCCCCUCGAUGAUCCAAGGGAUCGAUCACUUGCGUGAUCCACGGCUGAACAAAGGUUUGGCCUUCACCCUUGAGGAGCGCCAGGUGCUGGGCAUCCACGGGCUGCAACCUGCCCGGUUCAAGUCCCAGGAUGAGCAGCUGGAACUGUGCCGAAUCUCGAUCUCGCGCUACCAGGAGGAUCUCAACAAGUACCUUUACCUGGUGGACCUGCAGGAUCGUAACGAGAAGCUGUUCUUCAAGUUGAUCUCCGAAGAUGUCGAGCAGAUGAUGCCGAUCGUCUACACGCCCACUGUGGGGCUGGCCUGUCAGAAGUUUGGGUUGAUCUACCGACGACCCCGUGGUCUGUUCGUCACGAUCAACGAUCGUGGCUACGUCUACGAAGUCCUUCGUAAUUGGCCAGAACACGAUGUGCGUGCCAUCGUUGUAACAGAUGGGGAGCGUAUUCUUGGUUUGGGUGAUUUGGGAGCUUGCGGAAUGGGUAUCCCAGUCGGUAAGCUCGCGUUGUACACUGCCUUGGCUGGAAUUCCACCACACCAGUGUCUUCCGAUUGUAAUUGAUGUCGGAACAAAUAACCAGGCCUUGCUGGAGGAUCCUUUGUAUGUAGGACUCCGGCAGAAGCGUGUUUCUGGUAAGGAGUACGAUGACUUUAUCGAUGAGUUUAUGGAGGCGGUAGUGAAGCGGUACGGCCAGAAUACGCUGAUCCAGUUCGAAGAUUUCGGCAACCACAAUGCAUUCAGAUUCUUGGAUAAAUAUCGGGAUACGUACUGCACCUUCAAUGAUGACAUCCAAGGCACGGCUUCGGUGGCAGUAGCAGGACUGCUGGCAUCAAAGCGAAUCACCGGCAAGAAGAUUUCGGAAAAUACUUUCUGCUUCCUGGGAGCAGGAGAAGCUGCCAUCGGUAUCGCCGAUUUGGUGGUCAAGGCCAUGCAGACAGAAGGUUGCGGACUACAGGAAGCUCGCGACAAGAUCUGGUUGUUCGACAUUGACGGCCUCCUGGCUAAGGGUCGUCCGGAAGGCCGAUUGGGUGGCCACAAGGCAUUCUAUGCCAAGGACCAUAAGGUGAUGAAGAACUUUGCCGAGGUGAUCAAUGAAGUUAAGCCGUCUGUGCUGAUCGGUGCAUCGGCUGCUGGAGGAGCCUUCACACCGGAGAUUCUGCAAACCAUGGCCAAGAACAAUAAACGACCUAUUAUUUUUGCUCUUUCGAAUCCAACGUCGAAAGCCGAAUGUACCGCACAAGCAGCCUACGAAAAUACUGAGGGCCGUUGUAUCUUCUCAUCGGGAUCUCCAUUCCCUCCAGUUCAGUUCGGUGGUAAGACCUUCAGUCCCGGUCAAGGCAACAAUGCCUACAUUUUCCCGGGUGUUGCCUUGGGAGUUAUCGUCACCGGAACCCAUCACAUCCCAGAGGACAUGUUCCUGAUUGCUGCUCAGGCUGUGGCCGACCACGUGUCUCAGGAAGAUCUGGACAAGGGUUCGCUCUACCCACCUCUAGGCUCCAUUCAGGACUGUUCUCUUGAAAUCGCCGUCGGAGUCACCAAGUAUGCUUACGAGAAAGGUCUCGCCUCGACAUACCCCGAACCACAGGACAAGCUGGCGUACAUCAAGUCUCAUUUGUACAACUUCAACUACGAAAGUGCCAUGCCCGUUACCUGGAAAUGGCCCCCACAGAAGGAAGCUCCUACUCGCCCCAUCACCCCUACCAAGCUGCAGGCAUAAGACCUUGGCUCAGUUUCUCAAGUGCAGCCAGUAUUUAUUUUACUUUUACACAUCGUCAAUUCGCCCUCGUUUUGUAUCAAUUUAGUUUCUUAUUUAUUACCCUAGAUAUUCUCUUCUGUCGGACGACAUGAGGUCGAUUGAGCUCAAGCUCAGUAACGACAUUUCAUCAGGUUUUUCAUUUGAAAAAAAAAUUCGCACCGAUUGUGAUACCAACGCUGAUUAACGCUAAUCGACUAGAAUUACGUGUAAAAUUGCUCUUUUAUCAUUAUCAAAGGUAGGCCAAACGCGCUCUACUGCAAACCAUUGGAUGUUCCUCUUGAAAAGCAAAAGCAUGAAGAAAAAUGUGGAUAGAUUUUUUCCUACUUUACUCCAAAGAUCUACUACUCAGAAGGACAGUUCGAGCACCAACCAACACAGUGGGCGACAAUUAGAUUAGCUAUUAUUAGAGGCACGGCAGCAGAUAUGAGCGAACAAAAAAGGAAGCUGCAACUACAUUGUUAUAAAAAACUAAAACCUUGAAAAAUAAGAGAAGGGAGGAAUGCCUCCCAAACAAAAGCCGUACUGAAUUAUCACCUAGUAGGACAUUUAAGUUUUAAGAUCUGUUGGAGGGAUUCGAUGAAAUGAAGACAAAGUUGAAUAUCAUUUAUCCAACCAGCAACAAUUCGUGACUACAAUAAAAUUGUGUUACCCUUAAAAAA